AUGUCACACCAUGCCCCCUCACAGAAUGAAACGAUCAACAUUCAUAUCGAGUCAUUUGACGAAGGGGCGUCGCUGCACGUCGAAGGCGAUUCCCAGCCAUUUUCCGGCCCCGUCGAUUUCCUUGCGCCGCAAGGUUCAGAUGAUGAGGGCCUAUGGACCCCAGGGAACAGCGCGCCGACGAGCCCUGCUGCUCUUCCUCAAUCCUUCUUCAAUACAAAAGAAUACAGGAACCUAAUGAGCAACGCCCACUCGGGAAAUGUUCAUAUUCGCUCUGACUCUAGCAGUUCGCUGAACGCCAAUCUUCUUUCUGGUCGUCUGGGGCCGCAGCCAAUUGAUACAACAUUCGCCAGCUACCGUUCCACAGCUACCGAUCCCAUAUUUAGUCCGGAAGAUAAUUUCGCUGGUCAUGAGUUUCCAGAGGCCGACGAUUCGGACACUCUACUUUUUGGCGCAAACGGCUUCAUCAGCGGUACCGGCGAUAGCACACAGGAAACAAGCCCCGUCGACACACAACUGGACCUUUCGUCCUUCGCUCUUCAUACUGCGCCUGUUCACACCGAUAGCAUGGCUGACUUUCUUCAAGUCCCCUUCAGGCCUGGCAGGCCCCGGAGCAACACACACGAAGGGACAGUACCAACUGUCGCCCCAAGAGAUGUCUUCCCCGCUACUUCAGUUUCGUCAGUGCUCUCGGAAGCCGAAAUCUCUGCGCUGCAACUCAGCUACAGCCAAACUGCCGACGCCUACGAUUCGGCUAUUUCUGAUGACACUCCUCAAUCAGCUAUGGAACCUGUGAUGAGAUCGUCGUCGUCUACACUCUUUGGUGCUCUGGGUCCCGAUCAACACUGGAUUGAUCCUAUAACCAAAGUCGAUCCCCGUCGUCGCAAAAGCGACACAGGUGUUUCGGUGAAGCCGUCAAUGGUUCAAUUGCUAGCUAGCCACCGCAAAUCCUCUAGAUCUCAGUCCAAUAUUAGUCCAAUAUACCUCGCUCAACAAUCCCUCACUAGCCCCCAGCAGCUCGCAUCAUAUCAAUCUGGUCUAUCUGUUCCAGUCAUACCAGCCGAGCCCAGUCCACGGCAGCGCAGUGGCUCUGUGACAUCUUCCCCUCGAGGUCGAGGUAUCAUCAGAAGCACGCCCGGUUCUCGCAGGCACAGCCCAUAUCCUCAACCUUCGAAGUUACCCUCCCCUUCCUCGGAAUAUAACAAUCCCUACGUGGACCUUAAUUCCGCGUCGUAUACUUUACUGGAUACGAACGGAUAUCCCGUCAAAUCCGAAGAGUCCUCUCAAGAUCAGGUUCUUGCUAUCAAUGCAUUCCCUGGCCUUUCCCGCAACCGUACCGUGCCUGCAGGCUCUCCCAACCAUGUCCCCCUUGCGGAAAACCCUCUUCUAAAGCGCAGUAUCUCUGUCAGCAGCUCGAGGAGCAAGUACGACAUUCCAGCACAGUACAGCAACAGCACUCAUCUUCCCUUGGUCGAGGAGCGCUUAGCCUCUGUGGCUGUAAAAUCGGAACCCGGAAUGACACCCAUGGCGCCGUUCUCCACAAGUCCAGCCAGGCCAACCGUCACCUCCGAUGCUACUCGAGCCGCAGCUGAUAAGCGUCGAGUGAAAGAAUACAAGUUCUUCUGUCCCCAAUGUCCCCAAGGCUUCACAGCUCGGCACAAUUACGAACGUCAUGUUCAUGCCCACGAAGGCCGUCGUCCUUACCUAUGCUCGUGUGGAACUCCCUUCACUAGCAAGUCUGAUCGCAAACGUCAUAUCGACCGAUCCAAGAACAAGCCUGAUUGUCAAGGUCCGCCUAUCGACCUUGAUCAACAAUGA